AUGAUCCGCGCCGUGGUGCCUGUGGCGACGCGUUCCUUCGGCCUGCGGGGCUUCGCGGCAGCAGCCACUCAGGCCACCGCGGCGCCCGCGAUGCGCGCCGUCCCCGACGCGGCCGGGCCGCCCGCGGCGCCCGCCGCGCCCAAGCCCAAGCCGGUCAAGCCCGCGGCGCCCAAGGCCGUCGAGCCCCCCUGCCAGAAUUACGCCAACCAGGACGAGGGCGGCGUGCAGCGCUCGGGCGUGCUGCAGCGGCUGUUCCACUGA